CGCAAUCCUACUCCACCUCGUGCCGAGCAGAAGUCUUCCUGGUACGUCGGGUUGGUUCAAUUGUCCAUCAUGCAGCGUAUGGCAUCGUUGUGUGGUAGUUCCAAGAUGGCUGCCUUCAACACGUCAGAUUAUAAGCUCAGCGAAGGAACGGGCAGCGCUCAGUACGACGACGUACUUCCAUACAAGCUGGAUGGUGAACAAAAAACCAAAGAGUUCUUGAUGAAGGUUGUCGAAAUCCUGCUGGAUUUCGUGAAGCAAACCAACGACCGGAAUGAGAAGAUCCUGGAUUUCCAUCACCCAGAAGACAUGAUCAAGCAGCUCGAUCUCAGGAUUCCCGAGGAACCACUCACACUUCAACAGCUCAUUCACGAUUGCGCUACUACUCUCAAGUACCAAGUCAAAACAGGUCACCCACAUUUCUUCAAUCAGCUCUCCUGCGGCCUUGACCUUAUCUCGAUGGCUGGAGAAUGGCUUACAGCUACAGCCAACACCAACAUGUUUACCUACGAGAUUGCACCUGUAUUCAUUCUGAUGGAAAACGUUGUCAUGACCCAUAUGAGAGAGAUCAUCGGGAAGAACUGGAGGAAAGGGGAUUCUAUCCUGGCUCCAGGUGGUUCCAUAUCGAAUCUAUACGCCUUUCUAGCUGCAAGGCAUAAAAUGUUCCCGAAUUACAAAGAGAAGGGUAUAGCCACCAUUCAGGGCCAACUGGUCAUGUUCACCUCUGAUCAAAGUCACUACUCAGUGAAAUCUUGUGCCUCGGUCUGUGGUCUGGGCACAGACAACUGCGUGAUGGUACCCUCAGACGAAAACGGCAGAAUGAUUCCUACUGAACUGGAAAGAUUGAUAAUGGAACGUAAAACCAGAGGCCACAUCCCGUUCUUUGUUUGCUGCACAUCUGGAACCACCGUAUUAGGCGCCUUCGACCCUAUCAAUGCCAUUGCUGACAUUUGCAAGAAGUAUGGAAUGUGGCUUCACGUAGAUGCUGCUUGGGGAGGUGGACUGCUCCUGUCAAGGAAAUACCGUCAUCCAAGGCUGACCGGAAUUGAAAGAGCCGACUCCGUGACAUGGAAUCCUCACAAACUCAUGGGUGCAUUGCUACAGUGCUCUACAAUCCAUUUCAAAGAAGAUGGAUUAUUGAUGAGCUGUAACCAAAUGUCUGCUGACUACUUGUUCAUGCAGGACAAGCUUUACGACAUCAGAUACGACACAGGUGACAAAGUGAUUCAAUGUGGAAGGCAUAACGAUAUUUUCAAACUGUGGUUACAAUGGAGAGGAAAGGGAGAUGACGGUUUCGAGAAGCACAUGGACAGGCUGAUGGAGCUGUCAGAAUACAUGGUUAAGAGAAUAAAAGAGCAACCGGACAAAUUCUAUCUCAUCAUGGAACCCGAAAUGGUUAAUGUGAGCUUCUGGUACAUCCCUAAAAGGUUGAGAAACGUACCGCAUUCCGCACAGCGGGAACAGGAACUUGGAAAGAUGUGUCCAGUCCUAAAAGCCAGAAUGAUGCAAGAAGGCACAUUGAUGGUCGGUUAUCAACCCGACGACAGACGUCCCAAUUUCUUCAGGAACAUCAUUUCGUCAGCUGCCGUCACUCAAGAAGACGUUGAUUUCCUUUUGAACGAAAUGGAUCGGUUGGGUAACGAUUUGUAAAAUGUUGAAUUCUUAACGGCCACUAGAUGUAGUUGGAUUUCUUGGUUUCGUUAUUUUCAAUUAUUGAGGUAAGGUAUUCGCUUCUGUCAUCUGAAUUCCUGCGGUACAUACAACGGUAGGAACUAUAGAAGUCACUUUUGCAGGACUAUAUAGCAAUAACACUUUGGAAAGAGUGAUCAUCCAUUACUGAGUGAGCACUGAAAAUCACAAUAAUCUCUAACACUACAUUCGUAUCGACAGUAUAGAUGUUUACAUUCUAUCUACUAUAAGUUUGUAAAAAACCUCACUCCUGAGAACAAGUGUCAUUGACAAACACAAGCAUUCAUCAACAUUGCAUUGGCGUGUUUAAUAAAAAGGUACUUGACUAAAAGAGGCGAAUGUCGGAUAUCUCUCAUUAUCUAAGUGUUAGUUUUUUCAAUUCAGAUGCCAAGACAUUAUAGACGCUACUGUAUAUUCUCUCAAACCCACGCUCAUACAUGUUGUUAUUGUUAUUGAUAUAGUUUAAUACCUGAUAGAGAUUUAGAUAUGAGUUAUGUGACUAAGAGCAUACAUUUGUCUUUGCUAUAGUAUUUUUUCUGUAAACGAUAUUGUUGAUGUAUAGAAAAAAGUGGUUAAUUGACAAGACACUAGGAUGGGACAAGAUGACUGGUCUGAAGACUUCAAGAGCAUUUGGUUUUUAACAUUAUAUUUGAGAGGUAGUUUAGAUAUUAUAAUAGAUUUUUGUUAUGGCGGCAUACAGAGCCAAGCUGCUUAAAGAAGUCCUUCUUUUUCGAAUUCUUAUUUUUGAGAUUGGAUCGGAGUAUGAAGUUUAUUUCAUUUAGAUAGGAGGAAUUUCAAGGUAUAAAUAAAACACUAACAACUCCUAAAAAGAAGUAGAAAAUUGUGUGCAAGUAGUCAAUUAUUUGAUUUAAUGAAGUCAUUCGUUAUUGACUUUGAAGAAAUAACAAUCGUCAAUUAAUAUGCUAGUACAAUAUUGUAAUCGCAAGUUUUAUAGCCGAAAAAUACUUCACGAAUAUGAACAUAAUACACAAAUUGUGUCGUUUGUCCUUGAUAUUUAUCAGACGUGAUAAUUUUUAAUGGAAGACACAGUAAGCAUACGCAAAAAAUAGACAAGUCAUAGAUUUUCAGUCAUGGAAUAGUCUAAAGUCUGUAAUAAAAAUAUUGAUGAUAAUCCCCCAUACCUGUCUGGCCAUUAAAACCACAUGUAUUGACAGAUCUUCUUUACUGUAGUAACCGCUUCAUUCAGAAAGAUGAUCUUCAGUACAAUGACAAAUAUUUGAUUUAACUUAUACAGGGUGUAAACGUUAUUGAAAUGGGUAAUACGGGGGGUCAAAAUAAGUAAAAAAGUUCAUAUGACCCAUGGUCCAAAAGUCAAUAGAUUUUUGUAUAAAUGGCUUUAUAUUUUACAACUUUAAGUGCUUUAUAUCGACCACAAUUACCACAAUCUUACUGAUUUUUAUAAUCUAGUCUAAAACUUUUUUAAAUUGGGUAAUUAACAAAUAUAUGGCAUUAAGUU